UUAUAAAAGCAGCCAGCCAGAUGGGGCUUUUGGAUCUUUUCAGCGCUGCAUCCAUUCCAGUCCUCAAAGUCCUUUUGGUGACCGCACUUGGUUCGUAUCUUGCGCUGGAUCGAGUCAACAUAUUAGGGGAGGACGCAAGGAAGCACUUGAAUGGUAUUGUAUUUUAUGUCUUCAAUCCAGCGAUCGUGUCAAGCAACUUAGCAAAGACAAUAACAUAUGAUAGCAUGGUCAAGUUGUGGUUCAUGCCUUUCAAUGUCCUUAUUACAUUCCUUGUUGGUUCAGUUCUUGGGUGGCUGGUCAUUCAAAUGACAAGAGCUCCUCGACAUCUGCAUGGGCUUGUUAUUGGAUGUUGUGCUGCAGGAAAUUUAGGAAACAUGCUUCUCAUUAUAAUUCCAGCAGUUUGUAAAGAGAAAGGAAGCCCUUUUGGAGCUCCUGAUGUUUGUCAUUCAUAUGGAAUGGCAUAUGCUUCUCUUUCAAUGGCGGUAGGAGCCAUCUUCCUGUGGUCUUACGUCUAUAAUAUCAUGCGGAUAUCCUCGAGCAAGAGCUCAAAGGAGGUAGAAAUAAGUGACUCCUCUGUCAUUAAGUCACCAAGGGAAAGCUACGUAUCACCUCCUGGGAGUUGCACAGACCCAUUGCUUCAUUCUGAUAAAUUAGAAGGAUUUGAGGACUAUCCAGAUCAACUUGCUUUACCUUCCUCUAGACUUGAGGACAUAGCUCAGGAAUCACUUUGGGAUAAGAUCAAGCAACACGUGGAAAUGGUUGUAAGAAAGGUCAACCUCAAGAGGUUAUUUGCACCUUCAACUACUGGAGCAAUUGUUGGUUUUGUAGUUGGACUUGUACCUCAGUUUCGAAGGUUUAUUAUUGGUGACGCAGCGCCUCUUCGUGUGAUCCAUGACACUGCACUUUUGCUGGGGGAUGGAGCCAUCCCAGCUCUUACAUUAAUUAUGGGAGGGAACCUCUUAAAAGGUUUACAAAUUGCAGCAGUUCCCAAGUCUCUUAUUGCUGGAAUUGUAAUUGCACGAUACAUUGUCUUGCCUAUGAUAGGCGUUGCUGCUGUGAAAGUUGCACUUCAAUUUGGAUUGGUGGACAAUAAUCCACUGUAUCAGUUUGUUCUUUUGCUUCAGUAUGCGGUUCCACCUGCAAUGAACAUUGGUACAAUAACUCAGCUGUUUGGUGCUGGUGAAAGUGAAUGCUCUGUUAUUAUGCUAUGGACUUAUGCUUUGGCUUCAGUAGCGCUUACGUUCUGGUCAACUUUCUUCUUGUGGCUGGUGGCUUGAUUUCAUGUGACUUCUCUCGUGUCUUCGCCGAGGAAGGGAGGAGGAUGUUUCAGGCUAUUUAGUGACUGCAAAGUUCGAUGGAAUGACAUAUGAAUCACGUGUACCGCACUGCCUAGCAUGCAUAGACACACACUCGAUUGAUCUUUCAAGGACCAAAAUAGUGGUGUAGCUAAAACCAUUUCGUUUCAUUUGGCCUCGAUUCCUGCUACAAAAUGAGGCUCGGGAAAAGAGUUGGGAGGGGCGUAGUUUCGGCAAGAGCUCCCCUGCUGCUUCAAGAAUUGUAGUGUAGCAUUUGGGAUGAGAACAGCGAAAAA